GGAAAGUCAAAACUGCAGAGAUGGGCCACGAGCACGCGCCAAGAGGGAUGGCGCACAUGGCUCUUAAAACGAGAUGUGGUCUGUGCACUCCAGGUGUCGCGAGAAGUGCUGGUUGCCAACGAGAACGAAGAGAUACGCGUCAAGACAUCAGAGCGGUGAGUAUCAGAUGGCAACAUCCAAGGAAGCGAACAUCCAAACAUGUCGACGUGUCCACCCUGCAUCCCAUAGGCAUCGAACUGGCACAUCGAGGACGAAGGAGAUCGAGGACGACGGAGAUUGAGCGCGACAGAGAUCGAACCGGUCAUCACCAACGGCCAGACACAACACAUCCCGGUGACCCACAUGACACACACUGCCACAGAUGGCUCAUUGGCUGAUGACAAAUAGCCGUAUGGUGACUGUUCAGGUGGGUCAGCGUCCCUUGCGAGAGCGGAGCUGCAUGGGUCGUGGAGCAGCCGUGAUGGCCCGCCUUGCCCUCUUCUGACGCUUGUCAUUGAAGGCCAUCCCGGUCUCAUACGCUCGGAGGGCAUCUUGGUCAGACAGCUCGCUCUCAUUCUCCCAAGCGGGCAAACGACCCUCACGACGCACGUAAUACCGAGCAUGCGAGGCGGUGCGGGUGUGGCGGAUGAUCUCGCGGAUGGGUGGCUUCUCAAUCUCCAUGUACACAUCAUCGUUCAAGUCCAGGGGCGAUAGAGUGGCGGAUGGCUGGCGACGAUUGGAUGAAUAGGAAGGUGGGAUAGCCGAAGAUGAGUCAUCCUGUGAAGAGGGCGGGUCCACAGGACGUGCAUGUGAAUGAUCCAAUCCAUCGCCUUGAUGUCCAGGUGUGUGUGGGUCAGGUUGAUCAACGGGUGGGCUGUCGGCAUCCAGCGCAGAGGCAGCCAAAGAUGACGGGAGGUCAGCUGGAUCGGAAGGCGCAUCAGCUUCAAACUCAACCGGGCUGGGGUCUUCCACCGAGCCGGCCACGGGCAGUCCGACAGCAUCAUCGGCAACCACGGCAUCCAGGGGAACGACGUCCACACUGAGAUGCUCUUCACGCUCUUCGACUUGUGGAUCGGCUGGGCCGGCAGCCUGCUCGUCUGCCGGGGGAAGGGCAUCGAUGGGUGGAGGGACAUCCGCAGAAGCGUCCUCAGCCAAUCCGUGUCCGCCUCCCAGCGAUCCACCGGCGCCAUCGUCCUCUUGAGGCGGGAAUGACUGUGGUGGCUGAGGGGCAGGCCCGUCCGGCUGUCCAUCCCCUUCUCCUGCUUCUGAGCCGACGUGCGUGUCCUUUGGCCGAUAUCUGAAGAGCGGACGAUUCUUGUCUGAGAGGGGUAAGUCGAGGUAGGGGCGCAUGCGGCGCAUGUGGACUGGCUUGCUGCGUGUUGCCCCUUCUCCUGCAGGACGGACAACAUACACCAUCGGGCAGUUCUCCAUCUGCUUGACGACACGAUACGGCCCGGUGUAUCGCGGCGCGAAGGCGGCACCCUUCUUCGCUGGAUCCCCCACAGUCACCCACACCUUCUCUCCGACCUUGUAUUCCCUGGGCGGCACGGGUGGCGAUCGCCGCAUCCUCUUGUCCCGCUCUGCGUCGCGAUUGGCACGACACUUUUGCUGGACGGCCUUGAGCUGCUGGAUCAGGACCUUGCGGUAGUCGUUCCUUCUCAUGACGAUGGGCUGCUCCCACGCGACCAUGACGUCCAGCGGCAGGCGAGCUUCUCGUCCGUAGAGGGCCUCGAAGGGCGACAUGCCGGUGGCUUCGUUCCUGGCCGUGCGGAUACUGAAGAGGAUGAGGGGAAGGAGCACGUCCCAGUCCGUCCGGUGAGAAGCAACGUACCUAGACAGGACCUUCUUGAUGUUCUUCACCAUGCUCUCCGCCUGUCCGUUCGUCUCAGGGUGAUACGAAGACGAGAAGAUGCGACGAGCCCUGAAGAUGGCACACACCGCGUCAACCAACUCAUUGAGGAAGUGGGAGCCUCGGUCGGACAAGAGGCGUCGAGGGCAACCGUGCCGAGCGACGAUGAGAUCGACGAAUGCUUGCGCAACCGACUCUCCGUCAGCAACGGGGAGUGCCACAGCCUCAGGCCAGCCCGUCAGCUGAUCAACAAACACGAGUAUAUAGUGGUUCUUCCUGUCCGUCUCCACAUACGGCCCCAUGAAGUCGACGGCAACCGACGAGAAGGCAUCCUCAUGGAUGGGGAGGGGCAUCUGAGGAUACUUCUCUUUGCGGUGGGGACGGAACGCUUGACAAACGGGGCAGCAGCCCACCCAGGUGGCCACAUCACCAUUCAUCGUCGGCCACCAGAAGCGAUUGGAGAUGCGAUCGAUCGUGCGCACGACCCCCAUAUGGCCCGCCAGCGGUGAGUCGUGGCAGUUGCUGAAGACGAGCAUGCGGAGGGAGGGUGGCACGACGAUACGUGGCGCCCUGGGGAUGGGCGUCCUCCCUCUGUCGGGCUUCCUCAUCAACAGCCCGUCGAUCACGUCAUAGUGGCCCAUCUGUCCCGCGAGCUCCACCUGUCUUGCCAACGCCUCGUCGUCUGGCAGCGUCCUGUCCUUCGAGUCACUUUGUAGGUAGAGAAUGAGCGCACUGAUGUAGGGGUCCUUCUGCUGUUCCUCUCUGAAUGUGUCCAGGUCCACCACCGAUGGUUCAUCAGCUGCAAGGGAGGCCAUGAGACGAGGUGCCAUGUCCUGGGCCGUCACUGGCGCCUGGAGCCGCGGGAGAGGGUCCCAGUGCGAUGCUUGGACCCGUGAGAGGGCGUCAGCCAGGUGGUUCUCUCUGCCGGGCUUCCAGAUGACCGAGAAGCUGUAGUGCUGCAGCAAGACGGACCAUCGGAGCAGCCGUGGAUUCCCCUUCUCGUACGCCUUGGGCAGGGACUGCAGACUGCGAUGAUCGGUGACGACCGUGAAAUGCACGCGAUACAGGUACGGACGAAAGUACUUGAUGAAGUUGAUGACAGCCAGGGCCUCUCUCUCUUGUGCGGCGUAGGUUGGCUCGUUGCCGCGGAGCUUCCUGCUGGCGUAGGCGACUGGUCGAUCGAUGCCGACGGCUUCAUCCCGUUGCGUCAGGGCUGCACCGAUGGCAACGUCACUGGCGUCUGUCUUGAGGAUGAACGGCUUGGUGUAGUCGGGGUAGGCCAGGAUGGGGGCUCUGCAGAGGAGGCCCUUGAGCACCUCGAAAGCCGUCGUGCAUUCAUCGGUCCAGUGCUCUGAGUAGGUGUACUUCAGGUCCUUCUUCGUGAGCUCCGUCAGUGGGGCGGCGAUGUGAGCAUAUGCAGGCACGAACUUGUGGUAGUAGCCGGUCAUGCCGAGGAAGGCUCGGAUGUCCUUCUGCGUCUGCAUGGACGUGUGCUGCAUGUUCUCGAUUGCAGCGAUCUUCUCUUCCUCGGUCGCGAUGCCCUCCUUGCUCACACGGUGACCCACCAGCGAAAUCUCAGGAUAGCCGAAGUAACACUUGGCUGGUUUGAUCUUCAUGUUGUGAUCGCGCAGGCGCUCCAGCACCAGAGCCAGACGUCGCAGAUGCUCAACCCAG